CAGACCGGGACCCAGCUCCUGACACCGGAUCCGACCUGCCCGGACCCGUUUACCACACCCGGGACCGACCCGACCCAUCACCCCGCCAAUCAAGAUGGCCAGAGGCAGUGUCCUCCUGCUAGCCUGGCUCCUGCUGGCUGGGACCCUGUGGGCCACUCUGGGGCUCGGGAUCCCUGUAAGUGUCUGGAACAGAAGUCUGCAACAGGGAGUAAAGGAGAAGAGAGGCUGGACCCUGAACAGCGCUGGCUACCUUCUGGGCCCACAUGCCAUCGACAACCACAGAUCAUUCAGUGACAAGCAUGGCCUCACUGGCAAGAGGGAGCUACAACUGGACACAGGGGAAGGGAGGCCAGGAAACUUUGACCGGUCCCUGCCUGAGAACAAUAUUGCACACACCAUAAUUGAGUUUUUGAGUUUCUUGCGUCUCAAAGAGGCCGGGGCCCUCAACAGCCUGCCUGGCCUCCCGGUGGCCAGCUCCUCAGAAGACCCAGAGCAACCCUGAGAGCACCCUCUGGGUGCUGUGAUUACAGUCACGCUAGGCUGAGGGGAAUCUUCUGCCAACUCACGCAAGCCAGCCACCUCUGUGCUCUGCUUUGAUGCCGUGCUGUGGUAAUUUAAGAUG